ACUUAUCAACUUCUUUUCCCUAACUCUCUUUCAAUUUAUUAAAAUACAAUCUUCUCCUUUUCUUCUCCUCAAAAAGAAAAAUCCUGCCUGUUUUAAUAAAUCCUAUAUAUAUACCUCUCACAAACCAAUUUCAGCACACCAAUGUCUGAGCAAAUUCAAUCAACUUCUAGGCCAAGGAGGUCUAGAGGUGCUUUCAGAAACCACUCAAAGCGUUUCAACAACAACACCAACAACAACAACACCAAUAACACAAAUAGCCCAAACUUGAAUAAUAAUGAUAGCAGUAAUCUUGACGGUUCUACGAUUAUUAGUAGCACAAACAGUUAUUCUAAUCAUUCCCACCAAAACCACUCAACCUACUCGAACUACUCAAAAUAUUCCUACAGCAACAAAUACAAAUCCUCCUUCUCCUCCUCCUCUUCCUCCUCAAAUAAAUUGGAUUUGCAAACUAAACAAAAUUUGGAUUACUUAACUGAAAUGUUCCCCGAUUGGUCAAAUGACGACUUGUUAGAUGCUUUAGCUGAAACUUCAAACAACCUCACAGAAACUGCAAACUUGAUUGUUAUAGGUAAAAUCAAAAAGUGGGACGAGGUUAAAAAACCCUCCAAGGAAAAAAAACACAUCAAAGACGAUCAAUCCUCCUCUCAAGACUCAAUUAACAACUCGAACAAUAAUAGCACUGAUAUAUCCUCUAUCCAAGACUCAAAACACGCUUCUCAUCACCAAUCUAAUGGUUCCUCUUCAAACGACCAUCACCACCACUCCACCUCCAAUAAUACUUCAAAUAGCAACGCUAAUAAUACCUACUCCGAAAAACCUCGUUUUAAGACAAAUGAAAAAUUUCAUAAUAAAUCAAAGACUUUCAAUAGGAAAACAAACAAAGGUCAAUCCCAAUCUGCUGCUUCUGCUUCUGUUUCUGCUUCAUCGUCUACUACACCUUCUGUCGCUCCUCAAAUACCACAACAGUCCCCUCCUAAAAAUUCUUGGGCUGCUGCUUUAUCCAAAUCAGAUAAAAAAAUCUCAAAAUCCGUUCCCCAAAAAUCUCUUGCAAACAAAUCAAUACAAAAAAAGGAUAUACCAUCAAAGGAACAACAACAACAACAACAACAAAAACUGGAAAAACAAAAAGAAUCUCAACAAUCAGAUUCUCCCUCAAACGAAUCAGAACAAAAAUCAGGCUCGAAUAACGGCUUAAAAUCUCAAGAUUCCGAAGUACAAAUACCACAACUUAAAUCCAAACCUCAAUCUUCCGAAAAGGAUCAACCACAAUCCGAAAAACAAUCUGACAAACAACCCAAAAAACCAACACUAAAACCAAGCUCAACUCCCGUAUUACUAAAAAAGACUUGGGCUUCUGUCGUUGCUCCAAAACCUCCUGUUAAGAAAAUCCUCACAAAACCAAAAGCUAUACUAAAACACGAUGCUCCAGCACCCGAUACUACUGUUUCUACUACAACUAUUAUCACAACCACCACUACUGACGCCGCUGCUGCUGCUUCUACUUCCACCAUAACCAAUGAUCAAUCAAGCGCCACUUCUACCGAUGCUACAUUCUCAACUACCACCACAACUACUACCACUUCUGACAUUCAGGAAAUUAUAACAGAAAAGAUAACUACCGCUGUUGCUGAUGACGCUAAAAAUGAAAUUCCAGUGACUACCAACGAUUCGACAAUCGAGAAUGACAUCAAAAAUGUUAUUAAUGAUUUAAUUAACACUGAUUUGGUCAAUGAUAUCUCAAUCUCUGACCAUUCUGAGAUUCUCAAUGAUGUUAUUAAAACUGAUGACGAAAAUCUUGAAAAUGAAAAAGCUCAAAUUCCUCUCACCAAGAUCAUCGAUGAUCAAUUAAAUGAAGAUGACAACGAAAUCGAAAAGGCUAUUGAAAAGGCUCAAGAAUCAAUAAUCGAAGAUAUCAUAGAUUACGCCGAUGAUCAACCUGAAAUUUCUGCAAGUAAAGAAGUCGCAAAAAUUGUUGAACAAGUUAUUCAAUCAACUGAUGCUCUUGCUUCUGUAAUUGAUAAUUCUUUAAAAUCAACUGCUUCCUCAAAUAUCGUUAACAUUUCUGAACCUGUAACUGCUUCUAUCUCAAUUCAAAACUCACAACCCGUUCCUGUAAAUAAUAACACUACUGCUGCUAAUACUAAUGUUAACGUUAAUGCUAAUACCGCUCCUACUAUCCAAUCCUCUAUUCCAGAUGCUACUAAUAUUUCCUCUCAUACUGUUCCCCAAGUUCAAGUUCCAUCCCAGACUCAAUCUGUUCAACCUGUUCAACAAAUACAACCAAUCCAACAGGUUAAAACUCAGUCUCUACGUUUCUCACGGAGAUUGAACCAAGACGCCCCUGUUGUUUUACCAAAUGUUGCUUCUCAAGUCAAUUCUGUAGGUAUUACUUUUGGUUCCCUCAAUGUUGAUGACGAAAAACAAUCAUCUGCAAACACUCAAGCAACCCAACAAAAUAAUCAAUCUGUAUCCCAAUCUCAACAAUCAAUUGUUCAACCUCAAAAUAACGCUCAAUCACAAAACAAUUCUCAACAACAACAACAACAACAUCAACAGCAAAAUCAACAAAACCAACAAACUCAAUCACAAAGUAGAAAUCAACCAAUUCAUCAACAACAACAACAGCAACAACAACAACGUCCAUAUUUGUACAACCAACAAUCUCAACGUUCUUAUAAUAAUUAUUAUCCUUCUCAAGGUCAAAAUCAAAACCAAAACCAAAACCAAAACCAAAACCAAAAUCAAAACCAAAAUCAAAACCAAUUCCAAUCCCAACCACAACCACAAUCCCAACCUCAAUCCCAAGUCCAACAACCUAAACAAUUUGAUAACUACUAUAAUUAUCAAUCUCAUGUUCCCGGUUUCACGUAUCCAAAUGUCGAUUAUUCAUAUGAUCGUUCCAAUUUUAAUAGCUUGGCUUUAAAUUCUCAACCUUCUCCAGUUGUUACUAGCACUACUUCCUUAAGAGAUAAUAUUAGAAAUAAUGGCACAACUUCUAGCGGUACUAGCGUUUCUGGUGCUUAUGAUCAACCAGCUCCCUAUGGAAUUCCACCUCAAGUUCCAGGUAUGCCAAUAAGCACAGUUCCAGUCUCAGAUGUCACUGCAUCUCCAAUUGCUACCAAUGUUCCACCAACUGGACAACCAAAUCCUGCCAGCAAUGCGCCAGCACCAUACUCCAACCAACCAUAUUUCCAAAUUCCAUAUUAUUAUUAUCAAUAUCAAAAUUAUUUUGCUCAACCACCACAAUCAAAUUAUGGUCAUCAUUAUGGUCAACAUAAUCAACCACAACCAAAAAUGUAUAAUAACUAUUAUUCCAAUGGACCAUCCCAAGAUCCAACUAACGGACAACAAUCCACAGUUGAUACUACUGGAAAUAAUGGAGCAUCAAAUAAUAAUCAAUCCAAUGUUGGAGCAAAUGCGGGCAAUCAAGGAUCCAGCCAAAAUAAUCAAUCAAAUAACCAAGGCAAUCACACUCAAGGUCAAUUUUACAACCAUCAUAACAAUCAUGGAAACAACCAUAGUUCUAGUCAACAUAAUAACCAUCAACAACAGCAACAACAACAACAACUGCAACAACAGCAACUGCAACAACAACAACUGCAACAACUGCAACUGCAACAACCAAUGAUUAUGGGACAGCAAUUGCCAUAUGGGUUUAGUGGUUAUCCUGGUGAUUAUUCAAGACAAGUUGGAGGUAAUUGGUACUAAAAGAUUUUGAAAAAGGAUUGAUAAUUAUGAUUUUUUUUUUUUUAUUAAUUUUUAUCUUUUUCAUUUCUAUAAAAUGCUUUUAAUAUUCAAUUUUAUGAACAUAUUGAAUUUAAAAUAUUUUUGAUGUUAUUUAUUUGCUAAAUUGAUUUUCCAAGAUAACUUUUGAAUUAUUAUGAUAUUAGUGUAAGUUUU